AUGCUUUGGGACUUCAUACUCGUUGGGGGCGGACUGUCAGGGUCCGUCUUGUCCAACCAACUGCUUCAGCAGGAUCCAACCCGCAGGAUCUUGCUUGUUGAAGCGGGCUCAAGUGCCCUCAGUGACCCCAGCGUUAUGUAUGCCAACUCGACAAAUUCGACGAGUGGGAUCGGAGGAAUAUACGACUGGAAUAUUACAUCUGUUCCUCAGGUCUAUGCUGAUAACCGCACCAUUAGUCUGCCGCAGGGUAAAGCCCUUGGUGGGGGGACCGUUAUAAACGCCGCUAUAUGGAUCAGAGGUAGUAGGCUCGACUACGAUCUCUGGGGAGAUGCAGUCAAUGACAGUCGCUGGAGUUACGACGGCCUGCUGCCGUACCUUCGAGCUACGGAGAAAAUGUGGAAUAGCACCCUUGACCCGGAUCAACACGGUCAAGAUGGCCCUUUAGAGCUAGGCUAUACCGACCGGCCCGGGCUCGACGGCAACGUGGGCGAUCCCAACGGUAUUUCCAUGCAGCAGGAAAAUCACAACGAUGGUAAAAGACAGAUUGCGGCAGCCGUUUACCCUCUGGAUGGAAUUACGGUGUUGCUCGAGACAAUGGUAGCCAGGCUGGUGAUUGAACAACACGGCGACGCGACAGACGAACUCGUCGCCACCGGAAUCGAGCUCACCAACGGUACUGUCAUGUCCGCCCGGGAAAUCAUCCUCUCAGCCGGCGGCAUCCACUCACCGCAGCUGCUGAAGGUUUCAGGGAUCGGUCCGGCGGAGGAGCUUCGUACCCACGGAAUCGAGGUACUGGUGGACGCGCCCGACGUCGGCGAGAACUACAUCGACCACCCUUCCACCUACUUUUACUACAACUUCCGCAACUCCAGCGCGGGCUGGGCCGUCGGCUCGGACAACCCCGUACUCGACGAACCGCAGUUCGAGCUGGGCAUGGACAUCCAGCUGCCCGUCUCGGGCGGCGUGCCCCAAGCCGGGCUCAUCGAGGCCAUCACGGCCGACGAAGGCGGCGUAGCCCCAGACCCGGCGACGCAUCCGCUCUUGAGAGCCAACCGUACAUUCACAGAAUUUGCGCUCCAGCAGGGCGGGGCUGACGACGGCUCGAAGAUGAUUUUUGGUGCCUUUGCCAUGAUGCCCACCUCGCGUGGUACGGUCAGGCUUGCUUCCGCAAAUAUCAGCGAUCACCCGCUGGCGGACCCGAACUAUCUCGCUACUGAGGUGGAUCGAUAUGUUUUCCGCUCCAUGGUGCGAACGCAACUUGAAUUUGCCGGCGGAAAUGCGACUGUCUUUGGCAGGAACAUCCUCAGCGGCGAGGAUCCCACCGCAUAUGGAUUCACGGAGCCGAUGGAAGUUGGAUCUAGUGAUGAUUAUUUGGAUGAGCGGAUUCGUGCUACGAUUGGGACCACAUAUCAUCCCCAUGGAACAUGUGCCAUGGGCAAGGUAGUUGAUACAGAUUUCAGGGUCAAAGGUGUGAAGGGGCUCCGUGUUGUGGACGCUUCUGUUUACCCUGUGCCCAUUACUGGUCAUCUACAGGCUGUAACCUAUGCCAUGGCCCAGCAGGCCGCAGAAAUUAUCGGAGGAGAAAACACUAGUGGAACAUCCACUAGGAAGGUCUAA